UUAUAAUGUUAUUUUUUGUAGGGUAUAUAAAUUAUGGAAGUGGAACUAUCUAAUGAUGAAGAAAUAGCUUUGUCUUCAACCCUGGUGGAUCCAAAAUUUGACAUUGACUUUUCACAAUUGAGAAAUAAAGAUGAUGAUGAUGAUGAUAUUGCUAAUGAGAUAGAACAUACCAGGAAUGAAGAUGAUGAGUUAUGUGUUGAAAACAAACAACCGUGUGUGGCUGCGUAUGAGGAAAUUAGUGAGGAAAGUGAUGACAUAAAUGGGGCACCUAAAAUGCAUGACAAGGAGUUGAUUGUUGAAGACGAUUUUGAGGCUGUAAAUAAAGAUCUUAACUGCACAACUUGUGAUGUUGAUUUAAAUAAAAAGAUGUUAGCCAUGGAAGAAACAUUGGAUACUGAAAUGGAUAUUAAUGUCCUUUCUCCAAAUAUUGAAAAAUAUAAGUUUGUAGAAGGGGAUAUACAAGCUGGAACAAUAACAAGGGAUGCCAAAAUUAUUUUAAGGAGCAACUCGGAGCGUGUUGGUGUUGAGGUCAUUGGUCAACAUCACAAAGACAGUGACUAUGAACAUGAAGAAAGCACGCUUUCCAAUUUUGAACCCAAAAAAAAUGAUGUUAAAGAAGAAACAAGAAAAAAUUCAUCAACAGCUGUCAGAAAUAGUGAAACAACUAUGCCUUUCAUCCACAAUGAUAUCGGUAGUAGCAAUAAUCCUAAGUCAACAUCUAAUGAUAAUUCUCCUUUAACAAACAGCAUCAAGACUAAUAGUCCUAGGAAUUUAAGCCCUUUAGUACGUAAAAAAGCAAUACGAUUGCCUACUGGCAAAAGGCACACUAAAACAGUAUUUUAUGAAGAUGUUUUGUCUGCUUAUGAUAUAAUUGAUCGAACUGACGUUAAAACAAUCGACAAAAGUCGAAACAGUUUAUCAUGGCGGCAAUCUAUAUUCUCAUUAAGUAAUAUUAAAUCAAAACUUCGGCAUUUGUUGCCUGGCACUGAAGGAGAAAAACACAGACCUGGAUCAAGCAUAUCCCAAGUUAUCUCUGAAAAUCCUAGUCGUAAAGUUGUAACCGUAUCAGUGCAAGAAACCAAAGAUGGUGAACCAAUGCAGGUUAUCACUCUUUCUAGUGCAGAUCCAAAUCUCCUAAAAAGUAAUCAAUAUCAAAAACCUGAUAGCAGUAUGAUAAUAUAUGUUGAUGAAGUCUCAAAUAAUUAUAACGAUCAGGUUGAUGGUGGUGAUGAGGAAUUUAGUGAUGCAGAAUCGUAUCAAAGUAGUAUAUGUCUUGUUGACGAACAAAAUUUAGACGAGAUCGAUAGUUUUAACAAAAAAGGAUCCUACAUCAUCAAUGAUGAACCAAAGGAAUCAGAGUUACCAAAAUCGAACAAUUCCAAAGCUCCUAACAGAACAUCACUAAGUUUUGGAGGAAUCGAUCGAGCCCAACCUAAAAUCAACAGAACCUCCAGAAGGACCACAUUUGAUGGAUCGGAAUUUAAAGCUCUUGCAAACGAAGCUAACCUUUUGAAGAGUGCCAUACCAUUUGAUACGAAAUGGUCAAAGAAGAAAACAUUACCUAAUGAACCAAUUUAUUUGCUUACUGAUGGUUUUCCCACCCAACUACCUUCAUUUCCAUCUGACCGAAGAUCGCUGAUAGCUUUGGAGAUUUACACGACAGAGAGGACUUUUGUUCGGCAAUUAGAAAUCGUUGUCAAACAUUUCAAAACAAGAAUACAAAUGUCUGGUAUUUUGGAUGUAAAGGAAGUCAAGCUUAUUUUUUCAAAUGUGGACAGCAUAUUGGAGCUAAAUCGUGGUGUCUUGGAUGAGAUAUUCGAUCGAUUGUCAAACUGGUCUGACGAGGAAUGUAUUGCUGAUGUUUUUCUAAGUCACAAAACUGACUUUAAGAUUUACUCUGCAUAUUGUAAAGACUAUGACUCUGCUGACGCCUUUCUUAAACAGAGAAUCAAGAAGAAGAAAGAACUCGAAACACUGUUAAAUAGUUGUUACAGCAAUCCGAUUUGUAUGCCUGGACUAACACUGCCGUCCUAUCUAAUCACCGUGAUUCAAAGAACACCACGUUAUAUUUUGUUGCUAAAAGAUUUGCUAAAAAGAACUCCCGAAGACCAUCCAGACUAUCAAAAUCUUGUUGAAGCAGUGAGCGUUAUGGAGAAGCUGGCCGCUUAUAUCAAUGAUCAACUGAAACAAGCACAAUGUCAGAAAGCGUUGGAGGUUUUAGAAACGCAAAUCAGCGGCCUUAAAGCAUAUUACAUCCCGGAACGAAGUCUUGUACACGAAGGACGCGUAUGUUUGUUGACCAGCAAGAAAACAUAUCAGUGCAUCCUGUUUAAUGAUUUGUUAGUAUUUGCUGUGAAAGGAAACAAGCAAAGUAUUGUUGAACUUGCCUUAGAACUCAAGUCUGUUUGGUUUGAAGAUUUAAAAGGUUUAGACCCACAGACAACAAAAAACGAUGCUAUUGGAAUUUACACCCCAGACCGGCCAUACACGAUGUAUGUUGGGAGCAGUGGCGAGAAGAAAAUUUGGUUACGUCAUUUGCAGUUGGCAAUUACAGAAUGUCUUUUCGAGGAGGAUACAACUACUGAUGCUGAUAUUGAGAAACGACAAUCAAGUUUCACUUACAAGGAUGGCUCUGUAUAUAGUGGCACGUAUUUAAAUUCCAAGCGUCAUGGUGAAGGAACGAUGAUGUGGCCAAACCAAAUGACAUACAGGGGAAAUUGGGAAGACGACGAGAAAAAUGGUUUUGGCGUACUUGAUUAUGUCACGGGUGAAGUUUACGAAGGACUGUGGAGAGACCAUAGACAAAACGGCCUUGGUACGUUUAAAUAUACAAACGGUGACUCUCUGUCCGGUGAUUGGAAGAAUGGCUUAAGACACGGACGAUUGUUCAUCAAUUAUAAAAAUGGAGAUAAAUUUGUUGGCCAAUGGAUCCAUGACAGAAUCGAAGGUGAAGGUGAACUUGAAUGUGUUAAUGGUUUGCGUUAUGAAGGUCAAUGGAAAAAAAAUCUCAAACAUGGAAAGGGAAAAUUAAGAAUGCCCGAUGGAGCUGUAUACAAUGGUGAUUUUCUGCAUGGGAAAUUUCAUGGUUAUGGCGAAUUAACAUACUGUGAUGGGUCAAUUUAUAAGGGUGAGUUUGAACGCGGUGAGAGAUGUGGCGUUGGUUCGUAUACAGUACCCAAUGGCGGUUCCUAUGAAGGUCAAUGGAUGCACGAUCUAAAAGAUGGGUGUGGCGUGAUGGUGUAUGAAAAUGGGGACCAGUAUAACGGAACAUGGAUUCAAGAUAUGCGCAUUGGUCAAGGUGUAAUGGUAUAUAAUUUUGGUGGUUGCUAUCGUGGUCAAUGGCUUGGUGAUUUAAUGCAUGGAUCUGGCAUAUGUGAAUUCAAGGAUGGGUCAAUAUACAAUGGAGAUUGGGUACAGAAUAAGAUGAAUGGUUCUGGUAAAAUGAAGUAUAAAAACGGUAAUGUGUUUCAAGGUUGUUGGGUGGAUAAUUGUCCUGAUGGAACAGGCAUAUUAACAAAACCUAGUGGUUGGACUUGCGAUGGAAAUUGGAUGCAGGGAAAGCAACAUGGUCACUGCAUUCUGAGAGAUCCGGUCAACGACUACAUGUAUAACGGUGAUUGGAGUAAUGGUUGUAAAGAAGGGAAGGGUUUAGAAAAAACAAGACUAGAAGUUUACGAAGGAGAAUUCAUUAAUGAUCUUCGUGACGGGUAUGGUAUCACUUCGCUUGAAGAUGGGACUAUGUUCGAAGGACAAUGGCAACGCGGACAAAAGCAUGGCAAACAGUUAAAGAAACUAACCAACGGAUUGUCGGAACGUCAAGUUUGGGAGCAUGGUUGUCUAGUGUAUAGUCCGGUACUUCUAGCUCAGCGUGAAAUGCCACAUAUUCAGCGUUGGAUGUAACUAUUCUGGCUAAAGGCGAGACUAUAUUUUGUUGUUGCAAUUUCCGACAUUUUUUGAUCAAAAUUUAUAUUUUGUAUUUCUAAAGAAUUUUUGAGUAAUUUUUAUAGUUUAUAUAUUCUUUUUUUAUUUUUUGCUAGUGUAGUCUGUUGAUAUAGUUUGAUGUUUGACAACCUAAUAUUACUUUAUUGGUUAUAACAGUAACCUCCAACAAACUAUGGGGUCAAUGCGCGUUACUAUGUCAUGUGACUUAAAAAGCAAGACGUAGAUUUUUUAUUAUAUUUGCUAUGCAGUAUCGUAAAAAAGAUGAACGCAAAAAAAAGCCCUUUAGCCGGAUCUUAUUUAUGAAAAAAAAUUUGCCCCUGACUUUCGUAAAUGUAAAAAUUAAUAUACAAUCUAUAAGUGGAACCCCGGAUAAGUGGAACUUUCGUUUAGUGAAACCAAUUUCCCGGUCCGUUGGAUUUGCAUUAACAAACCUCUCUUAUUUUAUUCGGAUAAGUGGAACCCUCGAUAAGUGGAACCAUAUUUUUCGGUUUUUUUGAGCAAUAUUUAUUCAUAUAAGUGGAAGUUUUUUAGAAGAAAAAUCAUCUGCAGUACGUUCGAAUCAUUUUAAUCAAAACAUUCAACAUUGCACCUUGGAAGUUUCUAAAUUAAUUGAAAAGGAACUUUCACAAAGUUUAAAACAACCUAGUAUAAAAGAUUAUUUUUCAUAACUUCAUUGCUAAGAAAAUCAUCAUGUGGAACAUAAAUAUCUAUAUAGCAUUUUCUUUUGUUCCUCCCCCUGUUUUUGAUUAUUCGUAAAUUACUCGGUUUCAUAGAGGUUCCACUUAUCGAGCAAUUUGAAUAAGUGGAACAUUUGAUAAGUGGAACCAUUUUUUUCGGUUUCAUAGAGGUUCUAUUUAUCUAGAGUAGACUGUAUAUCCAAAAUUUCUUUGGGCCAAUUUUGUGUUGUUCGAAUGUGCUAAUUAUAAAAUGCAUCUGAACUACGCCUAAAUAGGAAAAGCCAUGUAAACACAAUUACAAGUUUUGUAUAUAGAAUAAAAUCAUUUAAUUUAUCUUUUUAUUUUCAUUAAAUUAUCAAGUCUUUCAUACACGGGUGUCUUAACUCUUGCAAUUAUUUUUUUAUGGUGUUUUUGAAUUUUUCCACUUUUGUGUUAUUUGCUAUGUGUUUUGCACCCAGUUUGAUGAAAUCAACGCAAUCAUCAUUUUAACGCCUCUCAAAUAUCUGAGUUAAUAAUGCAAAAAUGAAGUACAUUUUCAAGUUCUAUAUCGAUUAACGCGGAUUUUAAAUGAGUGUUUUGUUCUUGUUUUUUUUGUCCGCUGCGCAUUUCAUAAACUAAGGUUGUUAUUACAUAUUCACAUUUUGUUGUAGUGUUAUUUCUUUACAAAUUUCUGAAACUAUUUUUCUAAGAAAACAAAGUUUAUAUGGGAGAAUAAAUUUACUAGAUGGA